AUGGGUUGCACGACGCAGGAUCCCUGCUGCUGCGCUGGUGAAGAAGGGGAGCGGUUGGCGGUGCUGGUGGACGAGAGACAUGCGGAUGAGGAUGGGACGUCGCGUCUGGUCCGCUGCUCGAUUGGGCCGCUAGGGCUCGCGGGGCAGCCGUUUCUAUAUCCCUCUCUACCUCCCGCCAUCACACUCCCUCAGCACUCGUGCUUUCUCUCGCUCGUCAGGUUCCAAUAUGAGCAGUCAGAGAGCCCGGCGGCGAAUCACCCGCGCCUCCACCUGUUGGUUCCCGCGUCAGUCCAAUCACCCUCGUCUCCCUCUCCACCGCAACCACAGGAACCACAGAUGCCUCGCUCACAACAUCCCACAGACCUCCUCCAUCCCGAGAGACUGGAAGCCAGUGAGAGCCGCCGCAGCAAGGUCUUGGAUCUGAGAGGUCGAUUCUGCUCCCGUGAAGUGGGCGGCAAGGUCGCACCCCGAUCUCUCCGGAGGGCCACGGGCACACAUUCCGGUGACGAGUUUGUGGCCGAUCGAAUCAGCGCGGCGAUCACUGUCAGAUUGCCCAUUGACAAGGAUGAUCCCAGCUGCCGCCCUGAACGGCUUUUCCAUGGAUCUCGCGAUCUGAGAUUCAAUCCACGAACGGCCUCGACCCUGGAGAACCAACCUGUCUGCACGGCCGCUCGAUCAGCAAUUUUUUGCAUUAUGGGUCGUCCAAGAGCAUCUCAGCACCGCAGACUCGCAGAGUUGGCAAUUUUGACAUCGUCGACUGUCAUGGCCGGUAACUUCUGGUCAACCGUGGACGACUCGCCCAUCCCCAAGCUCACGAUCCAAGCCCAGAUCCAACUCUAUCCUCGCGCUAUUGCUUAG